AUGGCGAACAAGGAGCCCAGUCGGUUGGUCCAGAACCUCCGGGACAUGAUGGGUCGCAUGGCGGGCUCGUCGGGCGGCAGAGGCGCCGGACUCGGAGUCAAACUGCUGCUCGGAGCGGGCGCCUUGGCGUACGGAGUCAAAGAAGCCACGUAUACCGUGGAGGGCGGACACCGGGCGGUGGUGUUCAACAGGAUCGGCGGCAUGCAGAUGGACACGGUGCUCGCCGAGGGCCUUCAUUUCAGGAUCCCGUGGUUCCAGUACCCCAUCAUCUACGACAUCAGAGCCAAGCCCAGAAAAAUCUCCUCGCUGACCGGUAGCAAAGACCUGCAGAUGGUGAACAUCGCAGUCAGGGUCCUGUCGCGUCCCAUGGCGUCCAAUCUCCCCAUCAUGUACCAGCGUCUGGGCAAGGACUACGACGAGCGGGUGCUGCCGUCCAUCGUCAACGAGGUCCUCAAGUCGGUGGUGGCCAAGUUCAACGCCUCGCAGCUCAUCACGCAAAGAGCGCAGGUGUCGCUGUUGGUGCGCAGGGAGCUUUUCGAGCGCGCCAAAGACUUCAACAUCAUUCUGGACGACGUGGCCAUCACGGAGUUGAGCUUUAGCAGCCAGUACACGGCCGCCGUCGAGGCCAAGCAAGUCGCUCAACAAGAAGCGCAGAGGGCUCAAUUCUACGUGGAGAAAGCCAAACAAGACCAAAGGCAGAAGAUCAUCCAGGCCGAAGGAGAAGCCGAGGCUGCCAGGAUGCUGGGACAAGCAGUGACCAAGAAUCCGGGCUAUUUGAAGCUCCGCCGCAUCCGAGCCGCCCAAACCAUCGCCAAAACGGUGUCGACGUCGCAGAACAAAGUGUACUUGAACGCCGACAGUUUGGUCCUCAACCUGCAGAACCAGGCCUUGUUUGACAAUUUGUCGUUGAACCCGAAAAAGUGA